AGAGCUUCCCAAUGUCAAUAAAAUUCUCUUUUCUUUUGAGCACAAAGGCUUCCUAACAAAUUCCUUCUACAUUUCACUUUAAAGAUAUUCCUUCUUUUCUUGGGAGGGGAGGCAAAGAAAGAAAGAGCUCUAGGGGUGGCAAUGGCAAGGUUUUCGGGCAAUACCCGUCAUGAACAGAAUGGGAAGUCUUUGGUUUAAUUGGGAAUGUGUUCAGGUUUGCCUUGUCUCGAUGCCAUCUCUAUGCAGUUGAAAAUCAAAAGUAAAGGAAACUCUAGGAUGGACGAUGCUGUUGUUCAAUAAAGAAGGAAAUAUCUUACUUCAGAAGGCAAGAACAUCCCAUAUUCUUUGUCCAACAGAAAGGCAAAGAAAGCUGAAGAUGGAACUCUUAGGCAAAAGCUAGUCCAAAAGUUGAGCAUGUUUCCAAAGUAUCAAAUACCAAGUUAUAUAUUCUUUAGGACAGGAUAACUUCCAUGACAAACCCGGCAUUAUCUUUUUCUUACUUAUAUGUCGUACACACAAUUUCGCUUUUGAUUUUCUUAGCAAUCUCUUUUCUUUGUAUGCUUAACUACGACCAUUUGUUCUAUCCAAUGGGAUAGAUACACGACCUUUAGACUCAACGAUUAAGUUCGACUCUGGUCUCAGACACCCAAUAAAAGGCUGAUUCAAUUACAAAGCGGGCAUAUAUACAAGAUGAAGCACACCCGAGAACAAGGAAGAAGCCCAAACUUCUGCUUCAGCAGCUGAUACUGUGUCAACUAUUCGGCAUCAACCAGUCCAGUCUCCUAAGAUAAAAUCAGAAUACUCCUCUAGUAGCAGCUGUGAAACUAUGCCACCUUCUCAGUCUAAGAAGGAAUCUCAAGUUCAUUCUCAUUCACCAUCAUAUUCCCGAGCCAAAAACCAACCCCGAAUCGCUUCGAAGUCUCCAUCACUGUUGAAAGCGAGCCCUACAGUUGCUUCCAACAAGUCUCCAUCGUCACCAGCAUCAGGCAAAGCCUCUCCAUCUAAGGAUGCUUCAAAGCCUUCAUCACCCGCAGUUGCAGCUCCUCGACCCAGAAUUUCUUCAGUGCCACCCUCUCCAUCUCAAACAUCCAGUCGAAACCAUCUAAAUCCAAAACCAACAUCAAAACAAUCAAAACUAAAAGCUGAUUCUCAACCUUCGUCAUCUUCACGGUCAGCGUUUCGACCUCAAGCUUCUUCCACGGCACGGUCGCCAUCUCAAGCAAAUUCCAAGCAACAACCAUCGAAAAAGACUACUGCCCAAUCAACAUCACUACAGCAUACUGCAUUUUCUGCAGCCACUGAAGAUCAAACAACAAAUGGAGUUACAUCUCAUUCCGCAAAUAAAUCGUCACAAGCAAGACCAAAAGGCAGGGAAAGUCAGUCACAGACCAAAUCAAAGCAGUCUCCAAAAUCCAAAGCAUCAAAAAAUCAGCCUCAAAUCAAGGAAGAGCUCACAUCUAAGAACACUUCCAAUCCCCAGUCAAACCAGAACUCUUCCGAAAACCCGACACGAUCCGAUCAAAGCAUUGAAAAUGGCCAAGAUCCCUCUCUAGAAUCACAGGCAGAAUCAAAAGAAGAUGAGGAAACUAAGGAAAAGGCAACCAAUGCAUCUGCUACAAGCACAUUAAUCUCAUCUUCUGAAAGCUCGUCGCCGUAUGAAGAACCAGAGGAUAGAGAUUCGCAGAAGAAAGAACUCAUGGGUGAGGGAGACAUUUCAAAAGCUUUUCCGAAGCUGAAGAUAAACUAUUCAGGUGAAGAAAAUCCAAAGAGUUUCAUAACACUCAUCGGCGAUAACAAAGGGACGUCAAUGAACUUACUCUCCGGUAAAGGCAACAGAGAAAGCUCAAUCCACAUCCGCCGUGAGUACCAGAGCAAUCCAGAUCAGAGCCCUAAAAGUUCCACAGAAAUCGAAGGAAAUUUCAAUCACAAAACGACCGAAGAUUCAAGAACAGUAGAGGAUCCACCCCUGAGAUUAUACAUAAACAACAAUACACAAGGUAUCAAUAACUCAAUCCUGUCUAAUAGCUCAUUUACCGAGAGAAAUCCUGGAGCUAGGUUGAAAUUCUUUCGAGAACCAACAAAAUCCGAAGAGAUUUCAGAGUCUCUCAGUACUCAGAAGGCUAAGUAUAUAGCGAAACCUGCCGAGAGGCUCACCUACAAACCGACGGUAAGACGAAGAUGCCUGAGGGGACUGUUCAUGGAAUCGAGUGAUUCUGAGCCCGAAAAUCCAGAAAAGCCCCGACGCCAUGGCUGCCGCUACAGUAAUUGCAAAGGAAAAGACGGCGAAAUUAUGUGACGGAAGUUGCAGAACAAUGGCGAGAACUAAGAAUUGAAUUAUGAUUCAAUUCAACACAGAGAAGAAAUUUUAGAAUGUGUGUGUGAAGAAUUUUUUUCUUACGGUGUGCGAGUGUGUGUGAAGAAUUUGAAACCUGCGUGCGAUAUAUAAAAAUUAUGUGAGCUUUGAUUGGUUGUGAUAAUCCAGAUUUUCCAUGAAAAAGCACCUUCAAACUUUCCAAAAUGUUUGAUCAACUGGCGACUGUUCGUCUAUGAAUUUCAAAUUAUCAAAGCAAUUUGGUUGAG